AUGGCGGACAUUCUAGAAAUUCGUUCGGACGUAAUGUUCGACGAGUCAGUAUCUCAUUAUGAGGUUCACGCUCAUCAGCCAUACACCUCGAGCAAUUUUAACAACAACGAUGAGAUUCGCAUUUCCAUCCAGCAUCAAGAGUUGAAUUUACUACCAUCACGCAGCUCGAUUCAUGUAAGUGGGAGGAUAACUCGAAAUGAUGGUACUCCUGCAUCGAAUGCUUCUCUUGUUAAUUGCGGCAUAUGCCACUUGUUCGACGACAUUCGAUACGAACUGAAUGCCAUUGAGAUAGACCGAUGUAAGAACGUUGGAUUGACUAGUGUGAUGAAAGGCUACCCAUCUUUCAAUAAGAAUCAAUGCGACAGCAUUUUAGCAAAUGCCGGCUGGAUUUGGGAGAAUUACGAUGGAGAUAUCAAGCACGUGGAAGAUGACGAUGGCUACUUUGAUGUUUUCAUCCCGCUAUCGAUGAUCUUGGGCUUUGCGGAAGAUUAUCCAAAAAUUAUCGUGAAUAUGAAGCAUGAGCUAAUUUUAACAAGAGCAAGAACAGAUUUGAACGCUGUACUGCAGACUCAAAGACAAGGUAGAGAUGGAGAAAGAGCCUAUGAAGAAGUUAAAAUUACCAUUUCAAAGCUUGAGUGGGUCAUGCCAUAUGUUCAAUUGUCGAACGAGUACAAAAUUCGUUUGCUGCGUCAAAUUGACAAACCAAUCGCGAUGAGUUUUCGUUCUUGGGAGUUGUACGAGUAUCCCACGCUUCCAGUCUCCACGCGACAUGUGUGGACGGUCAAGACGUCCAAUCAGUUGGAGAAGCCUCGUUUCGUCAUACUGGAUUUUCAAACUAACAGUAAAGCAAUUCGUGAAAACGAUGCCAGCUUGUUUGACCAAUGCAAUUUGACGAACGUGAAGCUAUUUCUCAAUUCUCAGUACUAUCCUUACAAUAAUUUGAAUAUCAAUGUAGCUCAGAGUCAGUAUGCCGCACUCUACAACAUGUAUGUAAACUUUCAGCGGGGUUAUUAUGGAAAAACUCCGAAGCCAAUGCUUGAUAAGAAAAAAUUUAUUGAAUGUCCUCUCGUAGUAAUAGAUUGCUCAAAACAAAACGAAUCAUUAAAGAAUGCUCCGGUAGACGUUCGUCUGGAAUUCGAAUCUUCCGCAAACUUUCCCGCCAACACAUCAGCCUAUUGUUUAAUCUUACACGAUAGAAUUGUCGAGUACAAUGCCGUGAGCGGUGAUGUGAAGAAGCUCGUCUGA